CAUAGAUUGUGGAUACACCGCUACGUACAUGAAAGAGAGAGAAUUGUCUAUUUCUCAAGUUUGAAGCCUUUUUGUUUGUUCUGUUCAAAAAAUGGAAUCAAUAUUUCAGUUGCUUUAGUGACUUUUUUGCAGGAAAUGAAGUUUGAACGGGGAGACAGGAGACGCCUCAGCAAUGGCAAAUCGGCGACCGGCUACAAGGACUUCGCUAACAGAAUGCCAGCUUUUGACAAAGGUUUACUGAAACAGUGUGAGUCCUACCAUUUCAUAAACUUUCCUGAGGAGUGGGGAGCGAAGGAGCUGUUCUACUUCAUGAGGAAGACAGUGAAAGCAGGUAGGCUCUGGGAUAUAUUCAUUCCGAAUAAGAGGGAUAGAAGAGGAAAUAGAUAUGGUUUUGCCAGAUUUCUGGAUGUCAGACAUGGUCAAGAGAUGAGGAAGCAAUUGGAAAGUAUAUGGAUUGGAAAUAGAAAGGUGAUCUUCAACCCAGUUGUGGAAAAAGGAGAAGAGAAACGCAGAUGGCAAGCAAAAUCAGCAGAGGAAGUAAGAAGGAAGAGUAGCAAAAAGAGGACCAGUUAUGAUGAAAGCACUACGGUUGAUGAAGAAAACAGGAUAGCACCAAAGAAGACAUAUGCACAAAGUCUUAUACAGCAAAAAGAGAAGGCAAUCACCAGCAAUAUUGAUCUUAAAGGUCCCACACCAUCAGAGGCAAGAAACUACAUGAGGAACUCAAGUAGAGCAACGACUAAGGCUAUGGUUCCUGGAGGAUUCAAAUACAAAAAAGUGAUCGAGAUAAAAGGGACAGAGGAGAAUGAAGAAAAUCUAAUGAAGUGUGCUGUAGGGGUGGCUCUAUCUCCUUCCAUCACAUCAAAUCUGCCAGAGAUAUUCUUCAAUGAAGGAUUUCCUUCGAUCAAAAUAACCCCAAUGGGAGAAUUCUUGCUCAAAGUGAAGAAUAAUAGUUAUAACAUUACUCUUGUGGAGGAAAAUUGGAGAUCUGACCCUUGGUGGCUGAAUAAGAUUGAUAAUUCCAGUGUUGAUUCAGAAGUAAGCUCAACGGCUUUCAAUUUCGGUGAUGAUUCCGGCGAGCUUGACGGCAACUUUUCAAACGGUCAAGAGGAAGAGGAAAUUCAAACACCUUGCAGACAUGUCAAUAGCAUUAAUUAUCCUGACAAAUUGUGUGUCUCAAAGACAUUUCUUGAGGAAAGCAAAGAAAUUGAGGACUUUCUGUCUAAUCACAUUCAAGGAAAACAGAGAGAGGAGCGUGCAAAUGGGAGCCAUACCAGCUUCAGCAGAAUUCCAUCACCAGACGAAGGGGUUGUCCAAGAAACAGCCCAAUCCAAAAGCCCACUUGCUAGCAAAAGCAAGGCCCAUUCGGCCAAAGGAGAAAGUGAACCGGACGUCCAAGGGAGGUGUGGGCUUAAAACUCCUAAAAGCCCCAUCAAAAGCUUCAAGAUAACAGAAGAAAAGAAAGCAGAAAUACCGAAGCCGGUGACAGGAACGACGAGCGGAAGAAGAAGAGCUUUGCUACAGCUGGUCAGCAUGGGCGGUAGUUCGGUCAAAAGAAAAGAGGUGAGGAGUUUGAUUAGAAAGGAGGAAAUUGAUUUAGCUUGCUUCCAGGAAACAAAAAUGGAAAGAAUUGACAAGGAAUUUUGCAUGUCUAUUUGGGGAAGAGAUAAUUUCGACUGGGUAUAUAAGGCAUCAGUGGGUAGAUCAGGUGGUCUACUUUGUGUAUGGGACAAUGAGGCUUUUGUAAAAAAAUCAGUUGUGGAAAUUCCAGGCGCAUUAGCUAUAUAUGGAUUUUGGGGAGAGAAGAAGAAGAAGUGCUGCAUUGUGAAUGUCUAUGCGUCAUGUAACAGGAACGAAAGGCUAGAAACAUGGACAGAGUUAUUGAAGUUGAUUGAGGAAGGAGAAAAUUGCUGGUGCAUUGCCGGAGACUUUAACAGUGUGAGAUCAGCGGAUGAGAGAAGAGGAAGAUCCGAGCAUUCUAACUACGGGGAGGAUCUCAACGAAUUCAUUGAAAUUGCAGGAUUGGUUGAUUUACCACUAACAAGAAGGAAAUUUACUUGGUACAGGAGUGAUGGGUCAGCAAAGAGUAGGCUGGACAGAUUUCUUUUAUCUGAUGGUAUGAUUAAUUUUUGGGGUGAUUGUUGCCAAAUUGGACUGAAUAGAACGACAUCUGAUCAUUGUCCAGUGAUGUUGAAGAAGGUCAAUAGCAAUUGGGGCCCAAAACCUUUCAGGACCUUAAAUUGCUGGGACCAACAUCCAGAAUUUGUCAAAAUGGUAGAGGAAAACUGGAAUUCUGCAGGGGUAGAGGGAUGGAAGGGGUAUGUGUGCAAAGAGAAGCUCAAAAGAUUGAGGAACAAACUGAAGAAAUGGAACAGUGAAGUCUUCGGAAGUUUUGAGAAGCAAAUUGCAGAGGCAGCAACAAAAAUCAAUGAAGUUGACAAUAAGAAUGAGGAUGGCGAAUUAACAGAGGAGGAUAUCAUGCUAAGAAAGGAAGGCUUUAGUGAAUUAUGGGAAGCAUGGAAAAGAAGAGAAGUGGCAUGGAAACAGAAGACAAAGCUCGACUGGGUAAAGCAAGGAGAUGCUAAUUCCAAGCUAUUCCAUAGAAUAAUGAAUAGCAACAGGAGGAGAAAAAUGAUUCGGGGCAUAUACAAAGAUGGAGCCUGGAUAGAGGAACCGAGUGUGGUGAAGCAGGAAGUGCGUGAAUACUUCAACAAAAUCUUUCAAGAAGAGCAGUGGGAUAGACCGAAACUGGGUGGAUUACAGUUCAAGCAGCUAAAUGAAGAAGACAGCGUUUGGCUAGAAAGAGAAGUGCCAGCAAAAGAAGUGAAACAAGCAGUGUGGGAUUGCGGAGGAGACAAAUCUCCUGGCCCUGAUGGAUUCAGUUUCCAUAUUAUCAAAUCCAUUUGGAAUGUGAUCGAGAAAGACAUUGUCGCGUUUGUCCAAGAAUUCUUCAGGAACGACAAACUAGUAAGGGGGAUAAACUCUUCAUUUAUUGUUCUUAUCCCAAAAAAAGAUAAUCCUAUUGAUUUAAAAGACUACAGACCCAUAAGCCUAAUUGGUAGUCUUUAUAAAAUCAUUUCGAAAGUGCUGGCAAAUAGGAUUAAGAAAGUAUUACCCAAGCUGAUAAGUGGGACACAAUCAGCAUUUUUGGGAGGAAGACAGAUCACAGAUGGUAUUCUGAUUCUCAAUGAAGUGGUCGAGGAAAUCAAGAGGAAAAAAAUCAGCAGCUUCAUAUUCAAAGCAGACUUCGAAAAGGCAUACGACAGUCUGAAUUGGGAUUUCCUGGAUGAAAUGAUGAGAAGGCUCGGAUUUGGGGAGAAAUGGAGACUGUGGAUUAAGGAAUGUUUGCAAACAGCUUCAGUAUCAGUGCUUGUUAAUGGAAGCCCAACGGAAGAAUUUAAAAUGGAGAAGGGGUUAAGACAAGGUGAUCCGAUUGCUCCAUUCCUCUUUCUUAUUGUGGCUAAAGGGCUGAAUGUGUUAAUCGAAUCAGCUGUCAACAAAGAACUAUUCCAAGGAAUUCCAGUAGGCUCCGGAGAUCUUAACAUCUCACAUCUCCAAUUCGCUGAUGAUACUGUUAUAAUGGGGAAAGCAGAACCGAGCAAUAUUAAAGCAGUGAAAGGAAUUUUGAGAUGGUUUGAACUGAUCUCAGGCUUGAAGAUUAACUUCAACAAAAGUGUCUUGUACUCAUGCUGUGUUUCGGAUGAAUGGAGGAGAAUGACAGCAGCUAAUCUUAAUUGCAAAUCUGGAAAGUUUCCCUUCACUUACCUCGGGAUGCCAAUAGGUGACAGUAUGUGCAGACGAAAGCCUUGGAUUCCAGUUAUUGACAACUUUAAUAAAAAGCUAGCAGUCUGGAAAGCGAAAAGCCUGUCGAUUGGUGGCCGACUUACAUUGCUAAGGGGUCAAAUAUACGAAAAUGGAUUUGCUUCUACACCACAAUGCUUGACCCUUGUAAAUGGGCAGAGCAGGUCAAACACUGGUUAAUCCUACUUCACUUCAAGAUUCAAAUAUAUAUGUGCCUCAGUUUAGAAUAUAUCUAUUGGUUUAAA